AUGUCGAGGGGGAAUUCACCCCCUAAUAUCAGCACACCCGGCCCGUCCCAAUUGGGACGUCAGGCGAUGCCCGAAUUGCGUCCUACACCAACACCUGCAGUUCGUAUGGCCCCGAUGGGUCCUCGGUUGGAUAGUUCGUCCGGGUCUUCGGCUGCGGCCAAGGGGUUCCCGAGGAUCGGACCGGUGGAAAGUACCUUUCCUUCGUCGACCGAUCCCUCCGGACCCUCUCGGCCGCGGAAGAAGGCCAGGUCCGAGUCUGACCGAGGCUCAUCGGGUGACCAAGAUAAACGCCCGCGUAUAGGCCCUUCCUCCAGGUCGGAGGGAGAAGAGAGCGUGACCACGUCCACGGAUCACUCCUCUACCGAGUCUAUCACUCCUUCCUCGUCAAGAUCCACUUCCCCCUCUGGGAGUCCAAUCCCAGUCCAACCCGUUCCCAAGCCUAGAGCACCCGCCAGGACAGGGAUUGCUCCUAGGCAAUUGAGAACCCCUCCUCACUCUCCUUCCCCAACUUUAUCCCCAAUCCCGGUGGACUCUACCCGAGGUGCCCCCGCCCUAAGCGGCACGGCGGGUAACCUGGACUCCACCAGGUACAUGGACCUCGAGUCCACCAGACCACGUCACGCCCCUAUGCCUAACCCCAUUCCCUCUACCUCCUAUGCUGCCAUGGCAGCUAGGCCGAGUAUUCCUUCCACCCAGAGGACAUCCCAAUCCUCUCACGUCCCUCCCCCGAGGCCGAAGGGUCGUGCCCAGGAGGAGCUGCGCCGACACCCGGAGCGCCUCGGUCGCGCCCCCUCGGUGCGACCCUUCGGCGCCGGCUUUAGAUUCCUGCCGACGUCGGUAGAGGAAUACAGGGCGGUCCAGGCCUACCUGUCGGAGGCCUCUGCCAGGGAUGGUACCAUAAAAUGGUACUGCUAUGCCCUGACAGGGGAGAUUCCGACUAAGGUGGCUGUCCGGGGCCUCCCUGCCGAUACUGACGCGGCAGAAGUAACCAAUGCCCUGAAGGAGCUGGGGUUUCCGGCUCGUCACGCCAGGUGCAUCAGGUCCCAGAGAGGGCGCCCGGGCUGCGUGUUUCACGUAGCCUUGGACCACCUCUCGAAGGACGACCUCGCCCGCCUGUACGCAGUCAAUGAACUGCUGUACUUGCCGGGGGACCACGCCGCCGUUGAUAGGCGGUGUCCGGUCUACCGCAAGAAGGCCAGGAUGAUGGGAGUAACCGUCCCUCCUCCUGCGCCAACGGUGCCUCGACCCGGGAACACAGCUCUUCCUUCUGUAGCUCCCAUUCCGAAGGGAAAGGGGAAAGGGAAAGGGAAAUCCUCCCAGCCCCAGCCCCCUCCCCUGUCCUCACCCAUCCCCCCUGCCGUGUCAGUGGAGGCCAAUCCAUCAGCGGCAACGCUGAUGGCAGAGGCCAACGCUCCGCGGCGGGGUAAACCUGUUCCUACCCCCCGUGGUCCACAAGCUGCAAUAAGACCGCCCCACUUGACAAGCAGCGCCCCAGCCCGUGCUGGAACACAAGCCCUACAAGUACCAGGCCCGAAAACCAAUAAAAAUCGGCUUAAAAAAAUAAAAAAAAAACAAAAAAAGAAAGCUCAACGGGAUGCAGUGGUGAGUGCUCCUGCUGCACCGGCUCCCGCGAUCUCGACAACAAUGGAGGUGGACGCGAAAGCAGUCAAGACUCCUUUGUUGGAAAAAGAAUAA